UGUUGUAAGAGCUGCGGGACUUCCAACUCGACAGGUGGCUAAUGGGUUAUGUGACUUGUCUUCACAGAACGGCUUCGCUAUAACUAUUCGUCCUUCACCUUAUUAAAGAGCUUGAGUUUAACAGCUGAAAAACAGCUGUUUGGGCAGCAGUCAUGCUUGGCGUUAUCCAUGCAGACUUGUUGAUCACUGUAGCGCUAGUCUUUUUGGCUCAUUCAGCUACAAUAUGCAGAGCUGAAAAUGACUUGUCAUUGGUAAAGUUACCUCAGUGGAAGGAACCCUCAGCUUAUGUUGCCCAGUGUCUCUAUAGACAAAAUGGGAAUCUGACUUGUGACUGGACAAGCAGCCAAAGAGCAGCUCCAGGGGAUGUCAAAGUGAAAAUAUUGAAAAGCCCUCCUCUGGCAUUCGGAGGUGAGGCCUGCUUGGAGUUCUGGUAUCUGGCCUCGGGUGUAUCCAGUGGUGCUACACUUCGUGCUCUGCUGAAAAGCAGUUUGGGUCAAGUGGAACUCUGGACCUCUACUCCCCUCCCCAGAGAUGGGUGGAGACAAGUGUCUGUGCCCCUGAACAUCACUGAACAGGGCGCUCAGGUCAUAUUUGAAGCCGUCGCUCCACUAUCCGUAGACCAUACUACAUUAAAACAAAUUGGAGUAAGAAGAGGCUCAUGUAGAAACCAGUGUGAAUCCAAUACUGAGCUGUGGACUGACGACUCAACACGUUGCCUCUGCUUGGUUGCCCAGUUUUUCUGCGUUCCCUCUUGGUGCCCUAAAGGCCAGAUAUGUGACCCUCUGAGAGAUGACCCUAGUAGGAUUUCUCCUUCAGGCGUGUGCACAAUCCACAGCAACACAGACUGCCAUACCUUUGAUGGUGUAGUGUUCCGCUUCAUGUCCCCCUGCACUUAUGUUUUGGCCAAGACUUGCUCAGCAUCUGAACCUCUGCCAAAGUUCUACGUAGAGGUAGUUAAUGUGUAUAACGACAAUGGGUCACUGCCAACUAUCCAACAAAUAAAUGUGGACCUGGGGACGUUCAGGGUGUCAUUGCUAAAGAGUGAGACUCGUCGAGCUGUGGUUAAUGGUGUCUGGAAAAGGCUUCCCCUAAGCCUGAACAAUGACACCAUCAAUGUCAAGAGCAACCCUGUUGCUGUAGUAGUGGGAAGCAGUUCUGGAGUAUCUGUUUCCUAUGACAAUACAGGGGCUGUUGAGAUCAGAAUCCCAUUAGAAUAUUCUGAUAGGGUUUGUGGACUGUGUGGUAACUUCAAUCAGCUGCCUGGAGAUGACUUGCUCAAGCCUGAUGGCACAAAUGCUGAAAGUGCUACAGCUCUGGCUGAGAGUUGGCAGACGGGAGGAAACGUCUCCUCCUGUGAAACAAUUAAAGUGCCACAACAGUGUAACCCACUGGACAAAGCUCAUUACAGCAGUGAGAAAUACUGUGGGCUGCUACGUUCAAGCUCUGGGCCCUUUGGUUCCUGUCUACCAGUUGUGGGUGCUGAGGGCUAUUUCCGUGCUUGUUUGCUUGGCUUGUGUUCUGGUCAUGGUGAUAAAGUUCUAUGUGAAACACUGGAAGCCUACGCAGAUGUCUGCCAAAAGGCUGGAAUUGAUGUGCCUGCAUGGAGGAACUCAACUUUUUGCUCACUCGAGUGUGACGAGAACAGCCAUUAUAACUCCUGUGCCAGUGGCUGUCCUGAGGUGUGCUCCAGUCUCGAUCAAACAGGUUUGUGUGGCAAUUGUGAGGAAAGAUGUGAGUGCAACCCUGGCUUCAAGUUCAGUGGGGAUAAGUGUGUCCCAGCAGAAGACUGUGGGUGCUGGUAUAAAGGAAAACACUAUAAGAGAGGGGCAACAACUGUGGAGGGAGACUGUGUCCAACGGUGCCAAUGUAUUGGCAAUGACGGCAUGCUUUGCACCGCAAUGAAAUGUGCCAGUGAUGAAGUCUGUAAAGAAAAAAAUGGCAUCAAAGACUGCUUCCCUUUCAAACCUGCCACUUGCAGUGUGUAUGGGGAUCCACACUAUGUUACCUUUGACAAAUUGGCCUACGACUUUCAAGGUGGCUGUGCUUACACCCUGACCACCACCUGUGGUGGACAUGCUACAGUGCAGUUCACUGUAAUUGGAUUCAACAUCCACCCUGCUAAUCAAAACUUCACAAGGUCCAAACUUGAAGCUGUGGCUCUUCAGCUUGGUGGAUUGAACCUUACCCUAAAUCAGAGUGGGGAAGUUGAUGUGAAUGGUGACGCUGUCAGACUUCCCUAUUCAACCAACGGUUCAUAUGGCUCAGUGUGGGUCUAUGUGAAGAAGGGUUACACUAUUCUGGAGACGACCUUUGGCUUAAAAAUGGUGAUAGAUGGGCAGAGCAGGCUGUUCCUGCAGGUGGAUGAGCGCUUCAAAUAUGAACUCUGUGGUCUGUGUGGCACCUACUCUGGAUAUCAAGAGGAUGACUUUGUAAUGCCAGGAGGCAAUAUUGCUGUUGGAUCAUUUGAGUUUGGCAACAGCUGGAUAAUGCAUGCCAAUGAAGGGUGUACUACCCAUCCAAAUGAUCCCAGAGAAUGUGUCGAUGAUGAGAAGAACAUGGCCAAUGAGGAAUGUUCUAUGGUGUUUAAAGGGGCCUUUGAGGCCUGCCAUGAACAUGUUCACCCAAGCAUCUACUUUAGUAGUUGUGUAUAUGACUAUUGUGCCACAAGUGGUAAUCGGUUCACUUUAUGUGAGUCCCUGAAGUCUUAUGCAACAGCAUGCUUUGUUGAAGGAGUGGAACUCUCUCACUGGCAAACUGGCACACCAUGUGAUUUCACAACUGCGGCUCCAACCAUUCCAGCCUCUAGCUCUCCAAUUCAGAAUUUGUGUCCCAUUAGCUGUAACUUUGACACAAAUUUAUGUGAAUGGGAGCAGCUCAUGCAAGACAGUUUUGACUGGACAAGACAUUCUGGAUCUACACCAACAAAUCUAACAGGACCAAACCAGGACCACACAACUGGAGCUGGUUUUUACAUGUACCUCGAGGGAGACAAUGCGACUCAUGGAGACCCUGCUCGAAUGUUGAGCCCAUCAUGUCAACUUGAUGGCCCAAUCUGCUUCCACUUCUGGUACUACAUGUAUGGUUCAGCCACUAGUGUGGCUCUCAAUAUCUAUCAGCUCCAAGGUACAAAGGCCACAAAGAUCUGGUCUACAAUGGACAACCAAGGACCUGAAUGGCAUCUGGGGAAAGCUGAUCUGAAAGCAUCUGGAGCUAUCAAAGUCAUAAUUGAGGGAAUUCGAGGCUCCACUGAACAGUCAGAUGUGGCUAUAGAUGAUGUUGCCAUCACUCCUGGGUCAUGCUCAGAUGCCUUCCCCAACCUAGUUGGAACUGACCUUCCUGUCAGAACUACAGAAAUUACCCCACCACACCCAAUCUGCAACUUUGCAUGUAGCUUCACCACUGGCUUAUGCACAUGGACUCAGAUGGUCACUGAUGCAUUUGAUUGGACAAGGAGCAAUGGGUCUACACCUACUGAGAUGACUGGCCCCUCUAGUGACCACACUGGAGAUGGCCACUACAUUUAUAUUGAGGCCUCAAGCGUGACGUAUGGUGACACAGCUCGUCUCAUUAGCUCAGAGUGCACAGACACAGGUCCUCUGUGUCUGCAGUUCUGGUACCAUAUGUAUGGGUCAGCAGAUACAAUGGGCCUCAACAUUUACCUGCUUCAGAACAAGGUGGCAAAGGCAGUCUGGCAGAAGAGGAACAGCCAAGGCAACAUGUGGCACUUGGCCCAGGUUGACCUAAAUGCAACUGAACCUUUUCAGAUUCUCUUUGAGGGAAGGAGAGGUUCCAAUGAUCUGUCAGAUGUGGCCAUAGAUGACAUAACGCUUGACCAAGGAAGAUGUUCAGAUCUGAGUGGACUGGGUGAACCUGAAUUUAACACAACAGCCAUCCCAACUGUAAAUGUGCUUACAACUGAAUCUCCCAAACACCCUGUGGGCAACACUACAGCCCAUCCAAGUGUUGCAUCACCUACCACUGCAGUUUUGGAGCACCCUAUGGGCAACGGCACAACCCCUCCAAGUGUUGCAUCUCCUACCACUGCAGUUUUGGAGCCCCCUAUGGGCAACGGCACAACCCCUCCAAGUGUUGCAUCACCUACCACCGCAGUUUUGGAGCCCCCUAUGGGCAACGGCACAACCCCUCCAAGUGUUGCAUCACCUACCACCGCAGUUUUGGAGCCCCCUAUGGGCAACGGCACAACCCCUCAAAGUAUUGCAUCAACUGCAACUCCAGAGUUCCCAGUGCUGAAAAGUACAGCCCAGGUCCCAGCACUGAAUGUAACUACAGUACCUCCCACAAACAAACUAACAACUGUUUCAAAUAAUAAAAACACAACUAAAUCUCCAGGACAAACCCACCACCCAGUAUGCCAACUUGACUGUGAUUUUGAACAAGAUCUUUGUCAAUGGAGUCAACUACUCACUGAUGUGUUUGACUGGGAGAGGCAGAAUGGUUCCACCCCCACUUCAAACACUGGUCCACUUUCAGAUCACACCACAGGAGGUGGCCACUAUCUAUACAUUGAAGCCAACCGGGCAUCACUGGGGGACACUGCCCGCCUUGUUAGUGCAGAGUGUUCAGAUGCUGGCCCACAAUGUCUUAUGUUCUGGUAUCAUAUGUAUGGCUCUGCUGACACAAUGGGGAUUCAUGUAUACCUGCUCCAAGACAGACAUGCUACUGUAGUAUGGAGAAGAAGAAAUGAUCAAGGAAAUAUGUGGCAUCUUGCUCAGGUGGACCUGGUAGUUAAUGGAACAUUCCAGAUAAUUUUUGAGGGUCGCAGAGGUUCUGAUGACAAAUCUGAUGUGGCCUUGGAUGACAUAAAGCUUCAUCAGGGGUUCUGCCAAGAUUUGGGCAAACCAGCAAACAUGAGUACAACAAAUGCACCCCAGGUUCCAGCUACAACCAAACCAGGGUCCCAACCUUCACCCACAGCUGGGCAACAUCCAACUGUAGGAGGCAAUGUCACUGCUGGACCCCAGGUCCCAGCUACAACCAAGCCAGUGUCGUCAAAUGAGACUGGGCCCCAACCUUCACCCACAGCUGGGCCUCGGCCUCCAACUGUAGGAAGCAAUGUCACUGCUGGACCCCAGGUCCCAGCUACAACCAAGCCAGUGUCCUCAAAUGAGACUGGGCCUCAACCUUCACCCACAGCUGGGCCUCAGCCUCCAACUGUAGGAAGCAAUGUCACUGCUGGACCCCAGGUCCCAGCUACAACCAAGCCAGUGUCCUCAAAUGAGACUGGGCCCCAACCUUCACCCACUGCUGGGCCACGGCCUCCAACUGUAGGAAGCAAUGUCACUGCUGGACCCCAGGUCACAGCUACAACCAAGCCAGUGUCCUCAAAUGAGACUGGGCCCCAACCUUCGCCCACUGCUGGGCCACGGCCUCCAACUGCAGGAGGCAAUGUCACUGCUGGACCCCAGGUCCCAGCUACAACCAAGCCAGUGUCGUCAAAUGAGACUGGGCCCCAACCUUCACCCACAGCUGGGCCAUGGUCUCCAACUGUCGGAAGCAAUGUCACUGCUGGAUCCCAGGUCCCAGCUACAACCAAGCCAGUGUCGUCAAAUGAGACUGGGCCUCAACCUUCACCCACAGCUGGGCCUCGGCCUCCAACUGUAGGAAGCAAUGUCACUGCUGGACCCCAGGUCCCAGCUACAACCAAGCCAGUGUCGUCAAAUGACACUGGGCCCCAACCUUCACCCACAGCUGGGCCACAGCCUCCAACUGUAGGUGGCAAUGUCACUGCUGGACCCCAGGUCCCUGCUACAACCAAGCCAGUGUCCUCAAAUGAGACUAGGCCCCAACCUUCACCCACAGCUGGGCCACAGCCUCCAACUGCAGUAGGCAAUGUCACUGCUGGACCCCUGGUCCCAGCUACAACCAAGCCAGUGUCCUCAAAUGAGACUGGGCCCCAACCUUCACCCACAGCUGGGCCACAGCCUCCAACUGCAGUAGGCAAUGUCACUGCUGGACCCCAGGUCCCAGCUACAACCAAGCCAGUGUCGUCAAAUGAGACUGGGCCCCAACCUUCACCCACUGCUGGGCCACCACCAGGAACCCCACAUAUUUCAACACCCUCUUGCGCCAAGAACAGUCACUACACCACUUGCAUCCCUGCAUGCAGCCCUACAUGCAAGCACCUGAAUGGCCCACCAAACUGCAAUGCAGAGAAGACUUGUGCAUCAGGAUGUGUAUGUGAUGAUGGCUUUGCACAAAAAGGGAGCAUUUGUCUGCCUGUACAGAAGUGUGGAUGCAUGGACAGGAAUGGUACUUAUCACAAUUUCAAAGAGGUAUGGUACACUGAUCACUGCACUCAGAAAUGUGAGUGUGAAGAUGAUGAUGACGAUGAAGGGAAAAUUGACUGUGAAGACAAAGAUGGGUGUGAAGGUGACGCGGUCUGCCUUCAACAUGAAAUGGGCCAGUAUUAUUGCGAGUCCACAGGUUUUGGUGAGUGCACCAUCCAGGGAGACCCAGAGUACAAAACAUUUGACAAACUGAAGCAUGACUUCAGUGGGUCAAACUUGUAUGUGCUAGUCAGGACAAAAAAUCUGCCAAAGAAUCUCCCAGAAAUCUACAUAGAGGGUACAAAUACAUGCACUGAUGAGGACAGUCAAAGUGAUGACAGCAGUGAAGAAGGUAUUGAUGAUGACACAGAGGGUCAUGGACAAAGAUUGCAAGAGCUUAAAAUCAAAGUGUACAAUCACACUGUUGAGCUCAAGCACAAGAGGAAGGUGUUGGUGGAUGGACAAAGGAUUCAAGUUCCAGGUUCAUCAGCUCCUGGCUUUGAGAUCAAGAUGCAGUCUUCCCACAUCUACCUUAAGACAGACUUUGGUCUGUCAGUGGAGUUCAAUGGACACUGCAAAACUGACAUCAUUCUGCCAUUCCUUUAUAAAAGAAGGGUUGAAGGUUUGUGUGGAAACUUUGAUGGACGAAAAGCUAAUGACAAGGUGAAACCAGAUGGCACUAUUGCCAAGAAUACUAAAGAAUUUGGAGAAAGCUGGAGAGUAUAACUUGGAUAAGAUUUCAUCUUCAUGGUUUCUGAUGACUGAUUCAAAAUGUUUACAUGAAAACUCAUCACUUGUAUCUUUAAUACGUUGUCAUGUGCUAUAGAUUUGUGCCUCUAGUUUUUCACAAUGACUUUACUAUCAUGCUGCCAGUAUCCUCUUUAAAUAUUGGUUUAUCUGCAAUUUUGAAGGUUGUUUAAAGCUCUUCAUGUGAACUAGUUGCUAUUUACGAUUAAGUGGUGUUUGCUGUAAAUUCAUUAUGAGAUCAAAAACUAAGGUGUGAAUAUUUCAAAUGCAAUUAUCCUAAAGUACAGUCCAUGUGUGACCAUUUUUCAGUGAUUAAAAAAUGUAUAGAGAACUA